AUGGGCAGGUUGCGGGGGACGGGACCGGGGCUGGGGCUGGCGCUGGCCCUGGCUCUGCUGGCCCCGAGUUGCGGGUCCGAGCCGACCCGGCGCGUGUUUCUGCGGGAGCAGUUUACAGACGGAGACGGGUGGAAGAGCCGCUGGGUGCAAUCCAAACACAGCUCGGACUAUGGCAGAUUCCAGCUGUCGGCCGGCUCCUUCUACGGUGACGAAGAGAAAGAUAAAGGCCUCCAGACCACCCAGGACGGCAAGUUUUACGCCUUGUCCACGAGGUUCCAGCCCUUCAGCAACGAGGGCGAGAACCUGGUGGUGCAGUUCACGGUGAAGCACGAGCAAGGCAUAGACUGUGGGGGCGGCUACAUCAAACUCUUUCCGGCCGAGCUGGACCAGGGGGACAUGCACUCGGAGUCUCGCUACCUCAUCAUGUUCGGGCCAGACAUAUGUGGAACCGGAAACAACUAUGUUCACGCCAUCAUUAACUACAAAGGAAACUACCAUGCCAACAACAAGACCAUCAGAUGCCGGAUCAACAAGCUCACCCACCUGUACACGCUGAUCAUUCGGCCCAACGCAACGUAUGCGGUCAAGAUCGACAACCAGCUGGUGACAUCGGGGAGCUUGGAGGAAGACUGGGAUUUCUUACCCCCCAAGAGAAUUAAAGACCCCCACGCCAGGAAGCCUCGGAAGUGGGACGAGCGGGAGAAAAUUGAAGAUCCCAACGAGAAGAAGCCGGAGGACUGGGAGGAUUUCGCCCUCAUCCCUGACCCCGAGGCCAAGAAGCCGAGUGACUGGGACGCCGAGAUGGAUGGCAAGUGGGAGCCGCCCCUGAUCCCCAACGCCAAGUACAAGGGGGAGUGGAAGGCCCAGAUCAUCGACAACCCCAACUACAAGGGGGAGUGGGUGCACCCAAUAAUCGACAACCCCAAGUACAAGGCCGACGCCUUCAUCUACCGAUUCCACAACAUCAGCGUCCUGGGGCUGGAUCUGUGGCAGGUCAAGUCAGGAACCAUAUUUGACAACUUCCUCCUCACCAACGAUGAAGUGUUUGCAGAGCAGUUCGGGAAUGAGACCUGGGGGGCGACGAAGGAGCCGGAAAAGCAAAUGAAAGAGAAGCAGGAUGAGGAGGAGAAGCAGAGACAGCAGCUGGAAAAGGAGCGGAAAGCGAAGGAGGAAGCCGAAGGAGCCCAGGAGGACGAGGAGGAGGAGGAGGAGGAGGAAGAAUGGGAGGUGGUUUCUGAGGGAAAUUGGGGAGAGGCCACAGAGCUGAGAGAAGAAAAGGAAAAGGGGAAGCAAGAGGAGCAAGGAGGGGAGGGUCCUGGAGAGGGAAAGGAUGAAUUGUGAUAGUUGAUGAAUGUGAUGGGAAAGGGCAGCUCCUGAUGUCGAGACGCUGUGCCUGUGUGGGGGCCUGGGUGGACUAGACAUGGUGAGUGUGCGAGGGUGUCUAAGGGUGAGUGUAUGUAUACACAUGUGUGUAUGUUUGCGCAUGUCUCCAUAUUUAUGCAUAUAUGUGCAUGUGUCCGUGUGUCCCUGUACGUGUGCACUGUCAAGUGGGAAUAGUCAAACCCUGUCUGCCGGCAAGACGAGGCCACUUAACGUACCUAGAUGCUCCCUUGUGUUCCUCCACUCCAAGUCUAAGAAAUAAAUUGGCGGACACGGAA